AUGCGCCAAAGGGAACUUCUCGUUUCGCUCCUAACUACCAUUUGCGCCGUAAGAGCGAUUCCUUUGCAGCCUCGAGAUGGAUACAAUCCUCUAGGUCCUCUGAAAAGCGUCGCCAGCGAGCUGCUCGGCUUCACGACGGCUAUAUCUGGACUGGAGUCGUCGGCACAGCAAACACAAACAACACUCUCAGCUUCCUCCACAGAUUCAACAGGUUCAGUGGCCGCCACUGGCCAAGCAAGCACCGCACAAACCAAUCUUGUACCAUCAGAUGCAGCUUCGAGCACCACCAACAGCAGGACAGGAACUGUAACAGUCACCGCCACUGAUACACAGUCAUCCACCGGAAGUGUCUCACCCACCAAUGCAGCUUCCAACUCCGUCCUCCUCAAUACAGCAACGACGACGUCCGCAGGCGUCCUUUCGACUUCGCCGGGCUCGCCGGGCUCGACGGGGGCGCCAAUUGGCGUGGUUCCCACUACCACUGAGAGCAGUGGAUCAUCGCAUACAAGUACCGGCUCCGGCCCGGGGUCAAGCUCCGGCUCAGGGCCAGGAUCAGGGGGCAAUACAGGGACAGGUUCAACAUCAGCCGAUUCAGCGGGUGGCGCAGGUCUAUCACCAGGAGAGAUUGCCGCGGCAGUCAUUCUCCCUGUCCUGGCUUUGGCCGCCUUACUAUUUCUUCUCUUCCGGUUCUGCAACCCUCUUCGUGAAAGAUACUCGGUUUGGCGUCAAGAAAGACUAGAACGAUCUGCUUACCGGCGUGCUCUCGAUGACCCCAUUCUUUCCUUCGGCAUGCAUCAGCAAAAUGGUCGAGGUUUGGAUGGUUUGGGUAUGGGUGACGUGGAGCAGUUGGUGCGUCCCUUGUCCUUUGGAUUCCGGCAUCCUCAGAGACAAUACCCUAGCAUCAAGAGGAAGCCGUUGAAUUGGGAUGCUGCACGGAUAGGUGGUCAAGGAGCCUCAUCAAUUGGAAUGGCGAUACCAGGGCCGAUCGGACAGCGCCCUAGGAGCCUCAGUGAGAUGUCGGGGGUGAGCGAUGUAAGCAGUGACGCUGAGGGGAGAUAUCAGGAUGCCCGGUCGAACCAGACGUCGCGGGAAGGUAUCAUUUCAUGA